ACCAUUCACCACAUUCGUACCAUUCACUCAUCAUGAUCCGCACUGCUCUCGCUCGCUCCACCGCAGCCGCCUCGGCCGCUUCGAGGUCCACUGUCGCAUCGCUGCGCAUGAAGCACACCCUCCCCAAGCUCCCCUAUGACUACAAUGCCCUCGAGCCCGCUAUCUCUGCUCAGAUCAUGGAGAUCCACCACUCCAAGCACCACAACACCUACGUCAACAACCUCAACGCCGCAGAGGAGACCCUUUCCAACGCCCUGGCAAAGAAUGACGUCAAGGGAACCAUCGCAUCUCAGUCGGCCAUCAAGUUCAACGGAGGUGGGCACGUCAACCACUCGCUGUUCUGGCUCAACCUGGCGCCUGAGAAGGAAGGUGGAGGCAAGCUUGUUGACGGUCAGCUCAAGGCUGCGAUCGAGAAGCAAUUCGGUGGUCUUGAUGAGCUCAAGAAGAAAGUCAACGCUCAAGCUCUCGCAAUUCAAGGCUCCGGCUGGGCCUGGCUCGGGUACGACCCCUCGACCAAGUCCCUCGACAUUGUCACCACAAAGGACCAGGACCCCCUCCUCUCCCACGUGCCUCUCGUCGGCAUCGACAUGUGGGAGCACAGCUACUACCUGCAGCACCAGAACAACAAGGCGGCUUACCUCGAGAAUGUCUGGAAGGUCGUCAACUGGAAGACUGCUGAGGAGAGGAUGAAGCAGGCCAACUGAGCCAGCAGAUAGAGAUAUGGCGAGAGGGACGCAGAGCUACACGUCCCGUCGGCCUCGUGAAAUGUCUGCACCGCUGAGAGAUAGGAAUGCAAAGUGUACG